AAUGUCGGUGUAUUCAUCUCGAAAAUACCUUCGACAGCGAUUGGACAAGUACAUCGAAGAAAAUCGUGCUUCCGAUCUGAUUGCAGCAUGGCUUACGUUGAAAAAGGCAUGCUUGAUUUUCAUUGGUGCAGCGCAGAUGGCCCCCAAUUCACCGAUUGGUAUCAAGAAGCGAUUGCGAUGCCCAGGUGUACGUCGAUUGGUACGAAGCUUCAACAAGUUGGGAAAUUGCAUCAUACGGUAUGUGGAUGAAUUCAAUACAUCACAAACAUGUGGCAAGUGCUUUCGCCCAUUCGAUCGAAGAACGAAGAAGGACAGAUACAAAGUGUGUCAACAUUGUAUACCAAGUGGUGAAGUGACAAACAUUUGGCUACUGGGAAAAACCGUGAUCAGCAAGAAAAGCAAUCGAGAAUACCAACAACAGCGCCAAAGUGUAAAGGCUGAUGUUCAACGACGCAAUCAAGAUCCAAAAAUGUCAUAUGGUUUAGUGUCCAAACUUACUAUAAGUUUCAAAAAAUGGCGUCUAAACGAUGACAACGAAUGGAUCGAUGAUCGUCAUCCACAUCAACUGAAAACUGUUUGGCAUCGCGAUAUUGUCGCAGCUGUUUGCAUUUUAUACAAAGGUCUUUGUAUUGUGCAAGGCAUAGAUGUGCAUCCGCAGCUAUCGAGAGAACACCGCGAACAACAAGCACAAAAUCAUGGAAAUGAUGUAGAAAAUGCUGUUAAUGCCGAUGAUAGCGACAGUGACGACGAUUACGUGCUCGAAGUUUCCGAUGAUGAAUAGUUUUUAAGUCGAUGUAGGAUUAAGAUAAAAUUAAACAAUAAUACUUGUAACGUUUUGUUACUUAGCUGGGCUUGAGUAUUGUGGCCUUGGUGCUGUACGGGACUCAUAUGAGGCACACUAAAAUUUAUCCCGUAGAAACAACACUCUCUUUGCCGGGUAUAUCGUUGAUGUUCACUUGCAUUUCCUUCUUCGGUCUUAUGGUGGCGUACAACAUUUUACCAGAAACGGAAAAUCGAUCCUUAGAGGAUAUUGAAUUACAUUUUGCCGACAAUUCCAAGGGGUUGACUGAUCGCAAUAUUGCAAUUUCCAAGCGUCAAGACAGAAUUCAACUUAUAGAAAACGGCAACAAAAUCGAAAUCAAAUCUUUG